AUGGCUGCUCCGGAUCGAAGUGAGGAACUAAGCAGCAAUGUAGAAGAUGGAAGCUGCAAUUCAAAUGAAGGAACAAAUCCAGAAACCAGCAGUAAUUGGAUUAAAAAAGCUGUUAAGGUUAGGAAGCCUUACACAGUAACCAAGCAGAGAGAAAAGUGGAGUGAGGAAGAGCAUGAUAGAUUCCUUGAGGCUGUAAAGCUUUAUGGUCGUGCAUGGCGUCAAAUCGAAGACCAUAUAGGUACGAAAACCGCUGUUCAGAUACGAAGCCACGCUCAAAAGUUUUUCUCCAAGGUGGCUCGAGAUGCUGACAAUGUUAGCGAUGUCUCGGUUAAAGCUGUUGUGAUCCCGCCUCCUCGUCCAAAGAGAAAACCGGCGCAUCCUUAUCCUCGGAAAUCUCCUGUUCCACAUCCUCAGUCUCCUUGCUCAAAUUUGUCAGCUAUGGAGAAAGGAUCAAAAUCUCCAACCUCAGUGCUCUCAGCAUUUGCUUCAGAGUAUCAAACUAACAGAUGCUCCUCGCCUAACUCCUGUACCAGUGACAUCCAAUCAUCCAUUGAUAAAAAGAAUGACUACGCAACAACAUGCAACCGAUCCCUCAAGGAGAAUGCUGCUAUCGGUCCAACACCAAUCUCAAGCAUUACGCUUUUCGGGAAGGUUGUCCUUGUGGCGGAGGAAUCUCACAAACCGUACUCUUACAGAGGUUGUGAUGAUGAUGAUGAUCUUGAAGCAAUGGCAUGCAAAACGGGUCAAGAGAGUCACUACGCAGGGCACGUCGAGACUGAUUUAUCUCUUGGGGUAUGGGAUACGUCUUGUUUCGGUUCUAAUGCGUUUGGCUCGGUCACGGAAGUUUCAGAAAACUUGGAAAAGAGUGCAGGGCUGAUGAAUUCUCGAGCCUUGUUAGAAAAGGAAGAGUCCUGCUAUCCGGCAAAUGGGUUUAGGCCAUACAAGAGAUGCUUGUCAGAAAGAGAAGUGACUUCGUCAUUUUCGUUGGUAACUUCAGAAGAAGAGCAAAGCCGGAGAAGGGCUCGUUUAUGCUCGUAG